AAGCCCUCCACUUUCCGCUACGCAGCCCAUGUUUUUCAUCAAAACCUAACCCUAAUUGCCAUUCAUGGCACUGAAUCUAAAACCAGAAAAUUCACGGGUUGUCCUUGAAAUCUUUCUAUAAAUCGUUCAUCUCUCUAAGGUUCCAAACCCCACCGAGAUCUGUUUCUACGGUCCAGAUCUCUCUUUCAUCAUGGGCUCGAGACUCACAGCCUCAUCCCUCGUCUUCAUGAUCUUCAUGUCGACGGCAUUGCCGCCAAUCUAUGCAUGUGGUUACUGCUCCCAACCGCAUCCACCUUCCUACCCUAGCCCGCCAAAAACCUCCCACCCUCCAUUCGUAAAAAGACCACCAAAAUCUUCCUCACCUUCAACAAAACCUCCCGUAAAAAAACCGCCCGUGAUCGUCCCUCCGAUCAUCAUUGCUCCACCGGUAAUCACUCCACCUGUGAUUGUUCCACCAGUGAUAUCGCCGCCAGUGAUAACCCCUCCGGUGACAAACCCGCCGCCUGUCUAUCAUUACCCACCUUACACCCCUCCUUCAGGUGGAUUGCCACCACCUUCGGGCGGUGUUCCAGGCUCCAAACCUCCUCCUUUAGCUUCACCAACAUGUCCGAUCGACACCCUGAAAUUAGGGUUGUGUGUGGAUGUUCUUGGAGGAUUGGUACACGUCGGGUUAGGUGAUCCAGUUGUGAAUACUUGCUGUCCUGUGCUACAAGGACUGCUUGAGCUUGAAGCAGCUGUUUGUCUUUGCACUACCAUAAAGCUUAAGCUCCUCAACCUCAACAUCUUCAUCCCACUCGCUCUUCAACUCCUCAUCACUUGUGGGAAGACCCCUCCGCCGGGUUUCACUUGCCCUAUACUCUAAAUGCCUUGCAUUCGAAGGCUACUCUUCUUUUAGGGUUUUGGGCAUUGGCAUUUCUUGCUUUAGGGUUUGGUCGAGGGUUUUUCAUUGUGUUUCUUUCAUUAGGCUUUUGUUCUUCUUGUUUCAAGAAGUUGGGUUGCUUAGGUAUAUGAUGAGGGAUAUCCCGUUCUAUUUAGAUGUUGUUGUCAGUCGAUCAGUUGUGAUGGCAGAUUAGGUUUUCUCCAGUAUUCAUAUGUACCGAAGGGGGUCCACACAUUGCCAUGGAUUUGCUACAUCUGAUUUUUGCUUUGGUUAUAUAAACGUAGUUAUAGUAGUUAUUGUGUGUCUACUGUCUAGUUUAUGAAGUUAAUAUCAGGCAACAAUAUGUAAGAGAUCUUCGAUAAUGGGUACUUAAGUAUCGUUUUUAAUCUUCA